AUGAAUUGCCAUUUCGUUCCUCAUGGUGAAGACGAUACCGACGAAAAAGUGUUCGAGAAAUACUAUAAGCCUCCUUGUUUAGACGACUUUAAAAAUAUAAAACAGAAAUGUACUUCGUUUAUUCUCUUCCGUAUAAAGGUUAAUGAAGCUUUUAAGAUGGGUGGAAAAAUAAAAAAAGCAAAGGAAAUUUCUCGAUUCGCAUCAAAGUUAUGGAAAACAAUAUCUCAUGGUGAAAAAAAAGAUUACAGAAAAUUAUCAGCUGCAUUGUCUAGACAACAUGUCAAUUGGCUAAAUAUUUCUUCGACGCAGUACAAGCAAACGUCAGUUCCUAACGCUAAUUUGCCUGCAUCCGAAUCAUCCCAUCAAUUAGUCGAUGUGCCAAACCUCCCUUCGAUGGAAAACCCAACUAACGCUGUAUCCGAAUCAUCCCAUCAAUUGGUCGAUGUGUCAAAACUCGCUUCGAUGGAAAACCCAACUAACGCUAAUUUACCUGAAUCCGAGUCACCCCAUCAAUUUGUCGAUUUUCCAAAUACCUCUUCGAUGGAAAACCCAACUAACGCUAAUUUACCUGAAUCCGAGUCACCCUAUCAAUUUAUCGGUGUGUCAAUGGAAUACACAACUAACGCUAAUUUACCUGAAUCCGAAUCAUCCCAUCGAUUGGUCGAUGUGUCAAAAUUCGCUUCGAUGGAAAACCCAACUAACGCUGACUUGACUGGAUCCGAGUUACUCCAUCAAUUUGUCAAUGUACCAAAUACCUCUUCGAUGGAAAACCCAACUAACGCUAAUUUACCUGAAUCCGAGUCACCUUAUCAAUUUAUCGGUGUGUCGAUGGAAUACCCAACUAACGCUAAUUUACCUGAAUCCGAAUCAUCCCAUCAAUUUGUCAAUGAGUCAAACCUCGCUUCGAUGGAAAACCCAACUAACGCUGACUUGACUGGAUCCGAGUUACCCCAUCAAUUUGUCGAUGCGUCAAAUAUCUCUUCGAUAGAAUACCCAAUUCCUUAUAUUGACUUUCCUGAAUCCCCCGAAUCAGAAUUAUCUCAUAUCCUUUCGAUGGAACAUAUACAAAUACAAAAGUCUAACGCUAAUUUGCCUUAUUCAAAAGAAAUUUGGACUGAGGAAGAAGCAAAACUGUUCGGGCUAUUUUUAUAA